AUUGUCACCUUUGUCUCCUUUAUACUUCCUCUGCCUGUGUUUCUGCCGUCUAGGGUUCCGUCUUCCUCUCCGGAAAGGAAGUUUCUUGGCAUUUUUCUCUUCCUUCUCCUCGAUUUCCAUUGUUUUUCUGGAUAUCGAAUGCUUUAUUUACUGUCGAAUUCUCUUUGUUUUGUAUAUUUUCCAUAUUGAUUUCUUAGUCAAACCCCCUCGGCCAUACCCUAACGUCAAUCCUAGCAAAAUCGAGAAACCCUUUCCCCUUUUUGCAUUCUUGAUCCCUCCCUCUGGAUUCCAAUGCAGGUUUCCAGUUCCAAGGAAACACUUUCCGCCAAAGGAGAAGACUCGAACAAUUCCGAGAACGCCGAGAAGACGGAGGCCUCCGAGUGUACUUUGAGCUUAGGUAACUUUACUGACGAUGAGUCCGUUCUCGACGUUUCCGGGAAAAGUUUGGAGUUUUCGUCGGUGGUUGAUACCGAUGAAUCUGUUGAGGGGUUGUAUGUGUACAAGAAUGCCUUUAAUUUGAUUCCGCGGGCGUUGGGGAGGCUUGGGCGGUUGAGAACCUUGAAAUUCUUUGCGAAUGAGAUUAAUUUGUUUCCGGCGGAAUAUGGGAAUUUGGUUGAACUGGAACGCUUGCAGCUGAAGAUAUCUUCGCCGGGUUUGACUGGUGGUUUGCCGUUGCAUAAGCUUAAGGAUUUGAAGGAGCUGGAGCUGAGUAAGGCACCUCCACGGGCUUCAGCUCUUCCGAUAUUGAGCGACAUCUUGGGACUUAAGUGUUUGACUAAGCUCUCUGUUUGUCACUUCUCGAUAAGAUUUCUUCCUCCAGAAAUUGGCUGCCUAAAUAAUUUGGAGUUUCUGGAUCUCUCGUUCAAUAAGAUGAAGACUUUGCCAAUUGAGAUAAGUUAUUUGAAUGCUUUGAUAUCAUUGAAGGUUUCUAAUAAUAAAUUGGUGGAACUACCUGCCGACCUGUCCUCUCUUCAAAGAUUGGAGCACUUGGACCUGUCAAAUAAUAGAUUGACAUCGCUGGGGUCUUUUGAGCUUGCCUCAAUGCAUAACCUCCAGAACUUAAAUCUUCAGUACAAUAAGCUUUUCAGUUGUUGUCAAAUACCUUCAUGGAUCUUCUGCAAUCUGGAAGGAAAUGGUAAAGACUUAUCCAGCGAGGAAUGUUCAGUUGAAAUGGAUGUAUUUGAAUCUUCAAUUGAGGAUAUUGAUGGAAGCCUUUCUUCUAAUGCCUCUUCUCAUGCAUUAUCAAGCCAGUUGAAUGGCUCCUCAUCAAACAGUAGAUGUCUCACAUCACGGAAGUUGGGUAAGGGCUGGAAGCGACAGUAUUCUCUGCAACAGAUAGCUCGUCAAGAGCGUUUAAACAACAGUAGGAAAGUGAAAAGUGAAGAUCAUGCUGAGGUGCUAAUGAGGAAGGUAGCUGAAAAAUGCAAACAAUGCAAGCCGGCUGAGCUUGCCUCUGAAUCUCUGGCUGAAGGCGCAGCAGGCAUCAUGGGAGUCAAUAAUGAAAGUAAACAGUUGCUUUCUAGCGAGGCCGAUUCUGAAAGUUUACUUAAUCUUGUUGAGAAUGGCGGAUCUAGUUCAAAAGAAGGUUUAUUUGCUGAAAGCUGCUCAUGUGUUGUUCUCCCCUCUGUUACAACAAGUGAAGAGGACAGAAACAAAUGUGGGGAGUGUGAUGCAUCUUUGGCCUCCUUAUCAAAUAAAUCCAGUGAGCAGGAUGACACCUCACCUUCGCAGGUAUCUAAGAGCACUGCAAAGUCAAAAAGACAUUCUGAUAGGGAUCUGGAUAACCCAAAACCUAGCAAGUUUCAAAGACCAAUUGAAGAUAACUCAAAUUUAUCUUGCAAGUACAGUAAUUUAUCAUUCUGUGGCAUGGAUGACCGUCUACCAGAUGGUUUUUAUGAUGCUGGACGUGAUCGGCCCUUCAUGUCACUGAGAAGUUAUGAGCAAAAGCUGCAUCGUGACUCUCGUGAAGUUAUUCUUGUGGACAGGCAAAAUGAUGAGGAGUUGGAUGCAAUUGCACUGUCUGCUCAAGCACUGGUACUUCGUUUGAAGAAAUUGAAUGGUUUAACCAAAGAAAGGGAACAGGUUGCUGUUGAUGACCUGCAGAUUGUGUCAUUGCUUGCUCUUUUUGUAUCAGAUCACUUUGGAGGCAGCGAUAGAAGUGCUAUUGUUGAGAGGACACGAAAAGCUGUAUCUGGUUCAAACUAUCAGAAGCCUUUUGUCUGCACUUGCCCUACUGGAAACAGUAAAAAGAAUAGGUCAUCCACAAGGCUGAAUAUGGAUACUGCAGAAGACAUUGUUUUGCGUGAUCUCUGUGAGAGUUCUCUUCGAUCUAUUAAAUCUAGACGAAAUUCUAUCGUAGUCCCGAUAGGGACCCUGCAUUUUGGUGUGUGUAGACAUAGGGCAUUGCUCAUGAAGUAUCUAUGUGACCGUUUGGAGCCCCCAGUACCAUGUGAGCUUGUGAGGGGUUACUUAGAUUUCUUGCCACAUGCUUGGAAUGUCAUUCCUAUCAAGAGGGGAGAUAUAUGGGUUCGUAUGGUAGUGGAUGCAUGUCGUCCGCAUGACAUAAGGGAAGAGACAGACCCAGAAUAUUUUUGCAGGUAUGUACCUCUGAGUCGGGUUAAUGUUCCUCUUAAAACCUGGAGUGGUCCUAGUUUAGAUUGUUCUUUUCCUUCUCUGUCCACUUGUGAUGAAAUUGUAAAGGCAGCGUCUAGUUCUCUUGUGUGCUGCAAAAUUGGAUCAGUUGAGGCUGCAGCAAAGGUGCGUACACUGGAAGUAUGUGGGACUUCUGUGGAUGAAAAUAAGAAGUUUGAGUAUAACUGUUUGGGGGAAAUAAGAAUUUUGGGUGCUUUGAAAAAGCACUCUUGCAUAGUAGAAAUUUUUGGACAUCAAAUAUCUUCCAAAUGGGCUCCUUCACUGGAUGGAGAUCAAGAGCAUCGCAUAAUACAAUCUGUGAUUUUGAUGGAGUAUAUACAAGGAGGGUCCCUUAAGAAUCAUAUCAAUGAGCUGACAAAAGCUGGUGAGAAGCGUCUUCCCGUGGAGUUGGCGUUGUAUAUUGCAAGGGAUGUUGCUUGUGCGUUGUUUGAGUUGCAUUCUAAACAUAUUAUUCACCGGGACAUUAAAAGUGAAAAUGUUUUGAUUGACUUGGAAAGGAAAAGGGAUGAUGGAACACCUAUUGUGAAGCUAUGUGAUUUUGACAGAGCAGUCCCCCUUAGGUCUUUCCUGCACACCUGCUGUAUUGCUCAUAUGGGGAUACCCCCACCAGAUGCUUGUGUUGGAACACCUCGUUGGAUGGCUCCAGAGGUGCUGCGGGCGAUGCAUAAACGUGAGAUAUAUGGGUUGGAAGUGGAUAUUUGGUCAUUUGGGUGCCUGCUUUUGGAAUUGUUGACUUUGGAAGUUCCUUAUUCUGGAUUAUCAGAGUCAAACAUUCAUGACCUUCUUCAGAUGGGAGAGCGGCCGCCACUAACAGAUGAGCUGAAGGCAUUGUGGUCAUUGGAGGAGUCGGAAAUGGCUCAAUCUGGUUUAGGACAGGAGGCUCCAGAGGCUGAUCUUCACACACUCAGAUUCCUAGUUGAUCUCUUCCACAGAUGUACAGAGGGGAAUCCAUCUGAUCGUCCCACAGCAGAAGGCCUUUACGAAAUGUUGAGUGCCCGUGCUAGCUCUUUUCUCAGUUCGAGAAGUUAGGAACUAGAAUAGGAGACCUUGAUUUUGAUCUCUCCCCUCCAAAAUCCAAAUUUUUGUAGCCCGUAGUUGUUUUUUCAGAUUAAUAUAAUGUUUGCCGUUCGGAAUCAAAUAUUUGAGUUCGCCCUUCCUUCACUUGUAAUCUCUUGUAGCAUUGGUUAGUUUUUAGCAGCCAGAGGAAACUCCGCUACAAGGGAGUAGAUAAUCAAAAUUUGUAACCUUUUCUUUUUAGGUAAUUUUAUUUUGAGGUAUUCAGCCUUCCUGUAAGCAGCCGCGAUUAAAUUAGUAAAAGCAACACUAAAAUUGAUUUGCA